AUGUCUACUACUUCUACGGAGGACACCUGCGACGAGAUGAAUCUACAGACCGAGAAACUUUUUCGAGAUGAUUCUGAGGUUACCACGCUCUGCCUGUGGACAGACAAGCGCUAUAACCAUAUACUUGGCCUGCUGUUAGUUUGGGCUAACGGAUAUUCAAGCGGGGUUCUUGGAAGUUCGGCUGGCAUAUAUCACGAAUGGCACUUUGAAAGCUUCCUCCAAUCUGAGAAGGAUAUAAAGUUUGAUGAAAUUGAAUACUUGAAUGAAAUCGGAUGUGAUUGUUAUAACGGGCUUGUCGAAGAAACUUCAAUGUUUCAGGCAUAUGUUGAUACCAAGUUCCAGUGUGCAGGCUGGGCUUUCAUUGGGAUGGAAAUUACACAAGCAGGACCAAGGCUUGUGUCUCUACGUCCUAUGGCUGGCAUUCAUUCCUACCGAGAUAGAAUGGAAUAUGACCAACCAGAAGAGGAGUCUAACAAUCAGAGUAGGAAUACAGUGAAUCGGUAUGUUCUGCAUGAUGCCACGCACUAUCCUGAGGCUCUGUUAACUGGCAAAGGAGUCUUUGGGUCAUAA